AUGAAUGUGUGUUCUCCUUCCAAAGUUUAAGGGCCAGCCCUAUUAAGACAUCCAUUUCAGCAAGUUCGCUCUGUUAGUACUGACUGCAAGUAUGCUACUUGGCAAUCACCCAAAAACAAAGAGAAUCUGUCACCUAAUUAAUAAAGAGUGGAUUUAGUUAAAAAGAUUAUAGUACUUCUAGAAGAAAAUGAGAAAUCAGCAGAACUCAUAAAAUAGCUAUUGACAAAGGAGUCUAAAUACUAGAAAUAAAGGUCAUGCGAUUAAACAGAAUUAAGUUAAUUAAGAGGAGAAGUAGCCAUCCUUAAGGAAUAGUUGAUCAAAUCUGAAGAGGAUAGAAUCCUGUCAGAGAACAAAUACUAGGCUGUUCUGAAGGAGUUGGAUUAUAAGGAUUAAUAGGUUGAGAAUAAAAAAGAGACUAUUGUAGCAUAAGAGGAGCAUAUUAAACAAUUGUUAGAGAGAAAUGCUGAAUUAACAGAAUAGUUGAAAUUCAGUCAAGACGAGUUGAACAAUUUGGGUGAUAUUGAUCAAAAGAUAGAUUUUAUUUUAAAUGAAAAUGAAUAAUUGAAAUUCUUAAGUGAUAAAUUGCAAGAUUAGCUAAGUGCUUCUGAGGAAUAAUUAUUUAGGUUUAAAUAGAAGAUAGAUCAAUUAUAAUCAUAAGAGACAGAAAGAAGUGAAGGGGCAUUGAAUGGAUAUAAAUAGAAAAUAAGGAACUUAGAAACUAAAUUAGCUGUUCUAUCUGAAGACAAUGUACGUAGGAGGCAGGUAGUUUGA